AUGUUUGUUUGUGGUGUUUGAGUGACUGCGACGUAAACUUGACAACUCUCCGUCAAACAGUGGAUGUCCUGAUUUGUAUUUGACGAAUACUUCUACAUCAAAGACAAGAAGUCAUCUCUUAUUUUACUACCAACUGCUUAUACUGUCACAAUGCCUCCCAAAGAACGAAAGAUAGCUUUUAUGGGAUUCAGAUCAGUCUUCUCCAAGCAUACCAGGGUCGGAGGUCAGGAGUACGACCUUCAUGUGGUGGACACAGCAGGACAGGACGAGUAUUCCAUCAUCCCGCAGUCGUACUUCAUCAACAUCAACGGCUACGUUCUCGUCUACUCAGUGAACUCGGAGAAAAGCUUCGAGGUGGUCAAACAUGUCUAUGACAAGAUCGUGGAUAUGAAAGGGAAAAUGACCGUGCCGAUUGUGUUGGUGGGCAACAAGAAAGACUUACGAUUCGAAAGGGUCAUCUCUGUGGAGGACGGCCGCAAACUGGCCGAGUCCUGGAAAGUUCCCUUUCUGGAAGCUUCCGCCAAAGAAAACUCGUCGGUGAAGGAGAUCUUCGACACCAUCCUCAACACCAUGAGGCAGAAGGAGAACGGGGACACGGGGGAGAAGAGCAGCUGCUCCGUCUCCUAGACGGGACACAACGACAGACGUGACACACUACAU